GUUUGCUGGUGUUUGCAAACGGAUUUGCUGUGCUACGCUGAUUCUCCAAGCCCCUCGAAGCGCAACAGCCACAGCUUGUGACGCGACUGUACCAAAUCUCGACCCCACCGCGCAGCCCCCCUGUCCGUGCCAUGUGUGGCUGGGGUUCUAUUGCCCCAUGCACUUUGUUGCCCGGCGGACAGCUGUUUACCCCAAGCUGGCGGACCGUCGCGAGACAAGUUGCUCUCCUAUCUUUAACCGAAACAGGCUUAACUGGUCAUGACACCUUUUUACCAACAACUCUGUUCAGGGUCACAGUGAAGAUAUCCCAACAUUCGUAAUAUUAAACAAGCGAGGCUAGACUAGACAGGGCACGCGUCCAUCAGGGGACCAGACCGGAACAAGGGUAGUUUCACCACAUCUCCAUCUUUUCGCGAUCCCCAUUUGCGACGAGCUAUUCUUCUUGUUUUCCGUCGAGAAGAAGGUGUGACUUUUACCAGGUCGCUGCUUGUUUUCUCCAUCUUCUCCUCUCUGCACGUCAGACCACCCCUCAUUCCUGGCUCCUCCUCAUCCUCCUCCUCCUCCACACCUCACCUUUCCCUCCCAUCAUCUUUCUCAGACGUUUUGCGCCAUCUUCUCUCGUGGACAGCUGUCAAGAAAGGGCCACACUUCUGCUUCCAUCAUUUCUAGCGACACUGUUGCAGUCAUCGUUUUUGAUUCACCGAGACGAGUAAUUGGUAAUCCACCCACACACACACACAAAUACACAUCACAAACAAUGCGCUUCUCAACAGCAACCGCGGCCCUCGCGGCCCUCGGCCCCCUCUCCGCCGCCGCCGCCGAGUCCCCCUUUGAGCAAUACAAAGCCAAAUUCCAAAACUUCCUCUCCAGCUUCUCCGGCAGCGCGGGCAUCCCCGAAGCGGCCGACAACGUCCAAGUACCCAUCCCCAAGCCCAAGAGCAAGACGGUAGAACCCAAGAAGAUCGACACCUUGACUCUGGCCAACUGGAAGGACGCGCUUUACGCCCCCGUCCACGCCGAGGCUACCAUUCCCGAGGAGUGGCUGGUGCUCAUCACGGGCGGGAACAAGACUUGCUUUGGCCGCUGCGACAAACUCGACACAGCCUUUUCCCAAUCGGCACUCAAACUCGCCUCUCUCAAACCAACCCCCGAUAAUCUUCACCUUGCCAGUGUGAACUGCGACGACGAGCCUGUCCUCUGCAACUCUUGGUCUGCCUCCACGGGCGUGAUCUGGCUGUUUGAGAUUCUCCCUGCCCCUACCGAGACAGGGCUGUACGUCAAGCGCCUCAAUACGACGACUGUGACCUCGCAGGACAUUGUCGACGCGUAUGUGGCUCCCAAGGAGGAGUGGACCAAGGUGGAGAGCGACAGCUACUUUCACCCUAUUGAUGGGUUUUUUGCCAAGAAUGGCCUCGCGGUGCCGCUGGGGUGGUUUUUCUGGGGGUUGAAUGCUGUGCCGAGCUGGGUUAUGAUGUUGGGCGUGAGCUUUGUUUCGAGGUCGAUGAUGAACAAGAGGGUCGAGGGCAUGGCUGGGGGUCCGAGGGCUGGUGCGGGUGCCCCUGCUGCUGCUGCGCCGAGGGGGGCUGCGCCUGGGGAUGCUCGGUCAUAAGGAGAGAGAGUAAGGGGUUUGUUGGUAGGAAAGGAGUAGUAGCUGGUGUUUGAAAGGGUAGUUUUAUGGUAGUGGGGUGUGUGUAAUAGUGUGUCCCUGAAGAGAGCAGCGCUGGAAACAUAGCGUUUGGGGUUUCUUGUUUCUUUUUUCUCUCUCUCUUUUUUUUUAUUAUUAUCAGAGGCUGGGAAAUAUGGGAUCUGGUGGGCGAUGGAAAUGGAAAUCGUUUUUAUCUGAGACAAGAGCGCACUUUUAGGCGGGCACACCCUGCCCACAAAAUGAUUGACACAGCAAAAAGUCAGUUGGCCCCUGUGAUGUUGUAAACCAUGCCUCGAAAGUAAAUUAAUAGGCCUUUUAAACAUUCAAAGGCCCAUUUCAUUGUCUUUAAAGGCCCUUUGAUU